AUGAACUCCGAUCAGCUGGUUCACAGAACCCACCACACCCACAAUGAAGACCUCCUUCAACACAACCCAUCACCUCUCCAAAACAAAACUCGAAACCUCUCCACGAACCCAAUCCGUUACAUGCUUCGCGAGCAGCGCUUCCUCUUCGUCCUCAUCGGCGUCGCCAUCGCCACCCUCUACUUCUCCGCCUUCCCCUUAUCAAACCCCGAGCUAGCCUCCUCCCCGAUCCUCCACGACCCGACCCGAGACCUGAGUUUCUCUUCCGGGUCGGUCCUGCCGACCCGGAGGGUAUUGCUGGAGGGUCUGAGGUCGGUUAACGUGGGCGGGAAAGUGCCGCUGGGGCUCAAGUCGAAGAACCAGAGGAUUGUGGUGACUGGUGGGGCCGGGUUCGUGGGGAGCCACCUUGUGGAUCGUCUCAUUGCGAGAGGGGAUAGUGUGAUUGUGAUAGAUAAUUUCUUUACGGGUCGGAAAGAGAACCUGGCGCACCAUUUCGGUAACUCCAAGUUUGAGCUGAUCCGACACGACGUCGUUGAGCCGAUUCUGUUGGAGGUCGAUCAGAUCUAUCACUUGGCUUGCCCGGCGUCUCCGGUGCAUUACAAGUUUAAUCCGGUCAAGACUAUUAAGACGAAUGUGGUGGGCACAUUGAACAUGCUUGGACUAGCCAAAAGGGUCGGGGCACGCUUCUUGCUCACAAGUACCAGUGAGGUCUACGGUGACCCUCUGCAGCAUCCCCAGGUUGAGACUUACUGGGGCAACGUCAACCCCAUCGGUGUAAGAAGUUGUUAUGAUGAGGGAAAGCGCACAGCAGAGACAUUGACCAUGGACUAUCACAGAGGCCUUGGCAUUGAGGUGAGAAUUGCCAGGAUUUUCAAUACUUACGGACCACGAAUGUGCAUCGAUGAUGGUCGUGUUGUUAGCAAUUUUGUAGCUCAGGCACUGAGGAAGGAGCCAUUGACAGUUUAUGGUGAUGGCAAGCAAACCAGAAGUUUCCAAUACGUUUCUGACUUGGUGGAGGGACUAAUGAGGUUGAUGGAAGGGAAUCAUGUAGGACCUUUCAAUCUUGGCAACCCUGGUGAAUUCACCAUGCUGGAACUUGCUCAGGUUGUACAAGACACCAUAGACCCCAAUGCAAGGAUUGAGUUCAGGCCAAACACAGAAGAUGACCCCCAUAAGAGGAAGCCAGACAUUUCAAAGGCGAAAGAGCUUCUCGGAUGGGAACCUACUGUGUCUCUCAGGAAGGGACUUCCUCUCAUGGUUACCGACUUUAGACAGCGCAUAUUUGGCGACGCCAAGGACAACCUUGCUACUGCUGCAGCUUAA